AUGACCUGCAAGAGGGCGGGUCUUGCGGUGAAGGCAGUUACUCUGGGUCUUGUCGGCAUCGUGAACUCGGCCGUGUAUAAAAGAACCCAACUGUCGCCCAAGAGUAAAGGCCACCCAUCAUCAAAUCCCGAUCCAUUCCACACUCUCACUCAUAAACAAGGAGCUUCAGUCACGGGCUACCACACCGAGAGGACUAUCAUCAACCGACACAACCAACUUACCUCUUCACACCAGACUUUCUCCAUCAUCAUGCCGCAUCUACCCUUCUCCACCACCUCUUCUCCUUCCUCUUCUCCCAGAUCCUCUCCUAGCACGCCUUCGAUAGUCCUACAUCCCGCAUCGGGUAUAACUGAUCGCUCAAACUGCGGCUUUCCCUCUGAUCUCCAAGCAGGCACAUCAUCAUCAUCAUCAUCAAAACGCGAGCUGUAUCGGUCCGCCGACAACGCGGCGUCGGCCUAUCGUACACGCUACGCCCAGUAUCUCGCGGCAACCUUCAACAUGAGUCUGGAAGCCGCGUUGGCCGAGGCCGACACCCAGCUGCAGCAGGCUCCUCGUCGCUGCUCCGACGUCUCUGAAGCCGAAGUCCUGAGGGAGAGCUAG